GAGCGAAGCACCCUUCCAUUCUCUAGCAGGCAGCAGCGACCACUCAGCGAAGCACUUUUGUCUGUGCUUAUACAUUCUGAGACUCCAUAGUCGAUAAUAUAAUUUUGGAUUCCUCUAUUGAUUGUUGAAUAAUGGAGACGUUCAAUAUGUCUCUGGUUUCCACUUCUUCUCCGAAGCUGGUGUUGGGAUUCACUUCCUUGAAAAACCCUACUGGAGAAACCCUUAGUCCCAGAAUCUUCCCAGUUGGUUCUCGCAUCUCCUCGGUUCGAAGUACCCGGACUGUUCCUCGCUGUUGCAGGAUUUCCGUCUCUGCUCUUGCUCACUCUCAUAGAUUCCGCUGGAGCACUGCAGGCGCUCCAAGAACUUCCCGGGAUGUUCUGAGGGAAUUAGGUGCUAAAAGUUUCGCUAGCAUUUCUUCUUCGAGUAGUCAAGAGACCUCUUCAAUUGGUGUUAUCCCGCAGCCACUGCCUCCCCCAGCUUCAAACAUGGGUUCACCUCUUUUCUGGAUUGGAGUUGGUGUUGGGUUAUCAGCACUGUUUUCAUGGGUUGCUGCAAACUUAAAGAAAUAUGCUAUGCAGCAAGCUAUGAAAACUUUGAUGGGCCAAAUCAACCCACAAAAUAGUCCAUUUGACAGUGCUGGAUUUCCUUCGAGUUCGCCUUUUCCAUUUGCAAUGCCUACCACAUCACCUUCUCCGCCUGCUUCCCAACCUGCACUUAUGAUGGAUAUUCCUGCAACAAAAGUGGAAGCAGUUCCAACGAUUGAAGUCAAAGAAGAAAGGAAAGAUGAACAAGGGAAAGAUGAAACGAGGAAAGUUGAAUCAGCAGCAAAGAAGGAACAAAAGAAUUAUGCUUUUGUAGACGUUUCUCCUGAAGAAACUGUUCAAAGUAGUCCUUUUAAAAGUGUUGAAGAUGUGGAUGAGACUACUUCGUCAAAGGAUACUCAAUCUGCCAGGGAAAAUGGAUCUGUGUCUAAGCAGAGCGGAGGUGCCUUCGAGGGCUCCCAGUCUACUGGUUCUGUCUUGUCAGUUGAAGCUCUGGAGAAAAUGAUGGAGGAUCCAAUAGUGCAAAAGAUGGUUUAUCCACACUUACCUGAGGAGAUGAGGAAUCCUACUACCUUCAAAUGGAUGUUGCAACAUCCGGAAUACCGUAAACAACUCGAAGACAUGCUAAAUAAUAUGGGCGGAAGCAGUGAAUGGGACAACCGUGUGAUGGAUACAUUAAAGAAUUUUGACCUGAACAGUCCUGAGGUUAAGCAGCAGUUUGAUCAAGUUGGGCUUACCCCUGAAGAAGUGAUCUCAAAAAUAUUGGCUAAUCCUGAAGUUGCUAUGGCAUUUCAAAAUCCGAGAGUUCAACAAGCAAUCAUGGAAUGUUCACAGAAUCCGAUGAGUAUAGUCAAAUAUCAAAAUGAUAAGGAGGUUAUGGAUGUUUUCAACAAGAUAUCAGAACUCUUUCCCGGGAUGACAGGGUCACUAUAAUUUUGUUCUCUAUAUACACUAUUGCUUCAUCCGGGUGCUAAUCAUUUCACUCUCUGCUCUAAAAGAGAUGAAAAGCGACCUUGAAAUGCAUGGACUGCACAUGGUUCUUGGCCAUAUUCAACUGAACUAUUGCCUGUGAUCAUAUUCAACUGAACUAGGUCUCAGGCGUACGGUUCCGGAGAUCUGCUGCACCGCUGCUAACAUUGUGAACUGGGCCGAGCUAGAAGUUUUUCACUUUAUUUCUAUGGCUAAGAUAAUAUGAUGAUAUUUAGUUGAAUCUUUGGAGUUCCUUCUGAAAUGUUUUUUGCUUGCUCUGCUUGGCAUUUUUAAGUUUAAGCUCGAGUUAACUGGGCUUUUAUGGAGAUAAUAAUGUAUGAUCAACUGUAAAUGAUAUUGUUUUUGGAAGUUGGGUUUGUUCCGAUUGUAAUAGAACUCCUUGUGCGGGCAUUAAUGUUGGCGGCAGCGAAUGCCUAAAA